AUGUCCCAUCAAAUGAAUUUCUCAUGGCCUCAACAAGAAUAUAAUUAUAAGCAAACUAAUGGGAUUUCUGUAAAAUUGAAACACUUUGAAGGGCAAGGAAAAGAAAUUCCAAUCAAAGAUAAUGUAGAAUCUUUUAUUCAGAAAAUUUCUAACAAUUGUUGA